AGAAUUGUUUUUGUGAUCUGUAGAAAUGGCUGCAAAGCUUCUGCAUUCAUUGGCAGAUGAUAGUGCAGAUCUGCAGAAGCAAAUUGGAUGUAUGAAUGGGAUUUUUCAAAUCUUUGAUCGUCACCAUGUUCUCACUGGCCGGCGAAAAAGCCUUACUUUAGGUAAUGGAAAUGCCAAUAACAUCAACUACGAGAGAGACUCUGUUGAUACAAUUUAUCAACAAAAAGAAACUGACUCCAACAAUGGUGGGAAUGUGAAAGAGAAGCGAAGGGUUUCAACAGAAUCAUCGAGAGUUUCUUUCUCAUCUUCUUGCUCGUCCUCCCCAUCGUCUUCUGAGUUCAAUAGAGGAGUUCAACCUGACGCUUCUGCGUAUGACCGAGCCAAUUUCCAAGAAUCUCCUACAAGUGAUCCUGAGAUGACUGAAGGGAAUGGGUUUUCACAAUUGGGAUUUGACCUCAGAGAUGUUGUGAGAGACUCAAUGUAUAGAGAAGCCAGAGGGCUUUUGGUUAAGACUCCAAUGACAAGAGAUGAAGGAGUUAGACAGAGCAGACGAGAAGAUUCUCCAAGGCCUUAUGGUUUGAAGCAAUCAACUCCAGUGGAUCUCAAUGAGUCCUUCAGAGUUCUUGCGAAACUUAGGGAAACAUCUCAACAUUAUAAUGAGGUUGGCAUGAAAGAUGCACCUCGUUACUCAGUUGAUUCUCAUGAUACGCUGAAAUCCAGACAGAAGCUGAAAGAGUUGCCUAGGCUUUCCCUGGAUAGUAGAGAUCGAGGGAUGCGAAACUCCAGCGUUGACCCUAAAACAAAUAAGCUUUCUGAAAGUUUCAGUGAAAGUUGUUCAAGCAGCAGCAAGAAACGGCCUCCCAGUGUUGUUGCAAAGCUCAUGGGAUUGGAGACAUUGCCUGGUUCUCCAUUGGGUAGAGACAUUCAUCAGUUUGGUUUGAACAAAACCAACAUCUCUGACCAAAAUGACGAUCCAUUCUCAAGAUCAUUGAGGGAGAAAAACCUGAACCGUGCAAUCCGUUUUUCUCCUAGCUCACCGAGGAGCUUGGGGAAGGACCCGGCUUCUCCAAGAUGGAGAAACUCUGAUUUUGUUAUGAAACCUCUAUCAAAUACAAGAUUCCCUAUUGAACCAGCUCCAUGGAAACAAGCUGAUAGAAACCGAGUUUUGCAAAAGCAAGCUAGCAUGCCAGUGAAAGCAAAGCCGUAUGAGGCACCUAAUUUUCCUCCUACUGUGUACAGUGAAAUGGAGCGGAGAUUGAAUGAUCUUGAGUUCAAACAUUCUGGAAAAGAUCUGCGAGCUCUUAAACAGAUAUUAGAGUCUAUGCAGUCAAAGGGUUUCCUGGAUACUGAGAAACAACUACAAUCCUCAAACUUUGCAGCUCAAAGAGAUUAUGAAAGAGAAAAUUCUGCAACUUCCAACCAUGCGAUGCCAUCCAGAACGAGAGUCCAGUCUUCUUCAUCAUCAUCUAACCAGGUAUAUCAGUCCCCGAUUGUGAUUAUGAAACCUGCCAAGCUUGUUGAAAAGGCUGGUAUUCCUGCGUCAUCCUUUAUUCCCAUUCACAGCCUAUCUGGCAUCAAUAAGAUCCGUAGAGAAAAACCUGAUGAGAAAGAAACUUCAGCAAGUAAUAAACGGGUGACAAAAGAUCGUAAUCCUGGAAACCGAAGAGCUGAAUCAUGUACGAGCUCUUUUGAUAAGAAAUCUGACAGUAGAAAUGUGCGGUCUUCUCCAAAAAAGCCUCAGCAGGUUUCCAAAGAAAGUACUUCAAAGAGUUCAGGAUCUGUAAGUCCAAGAUUACAGCAGAAGAAGCUUGAGUAUGAUAAACGUUCACGGCCACCAACCCCUCCUGAUUCUAGCAAAUCAAGGAAACCGUCAAACCAACAACUUGUGGAAUCUACUUCUCCUGGUGGCAGACGUAGACCCAGGGCUCAGAAGAGUUUGCAGCAAAAUGAUGACCAACUUAGUCAAGCAAGCAAUGAAUCUAGGACAUCAAGUCAUGACAUUUGUACUCAAUCCGAAGCAGAAGCCUCUGCUUGGGUAGAAAAAGCUACUGAAGCCGAUGGUGGUAAAAGUCCAUCUGUAAUCGAGGCAGCCAAAGCUGUAGUCUCUAACUUAAUGCAGAAUAAAUCCAGUCCAAGGUUUAGUGAAGAUGGAUUGUCAGCUAACCUUUCACUAGUUGCUUUGGAACAUCCAAGUCCUAUUUCUGUUCUCGACGCUUCAACGUACAGAGAGACUGAACCAUCACCCGUGAAGACACAAGGUAAUGUUGCCCAUGAAUUUGGUGAUGAACAUUGUGAGGACCAGUGGAAUCCAGCUUACAGUUUCUCAGAAACCACGUCAAGCUUUUCACCAGAGAUAAACCGUAAGAAGCUUCAGAAUGUUGAGCACUUGGUUCAAAAGCUCAGACGAUUGAACUCUAGCCAUGAUGAAGCCAGCCAAGAUUAUAUUGCAUCGCUCUGUGAGAACGCAGAUCCUACCACCGAUCAUAGAUACAUCUCUGAGAUUCUAUUAGCAUCGGGUCUUCUCCUCAGAGACCUUGGCUCAGGAUUGACAACGUUUCAACUACACCCUUCUGGCCACCCUAUCAAUCCCGAGCUGUUCUUUGUUCUUGAGCAGACAAAAGGAAGCAGCACUACGCAUCUGUUACACAAAGAAGAAAGUAAGGUUCUGAAAUAUGAGAAGCUCAACCGCAAACUUGUGUUUGACACCGUUAAUGAGAUUCUGGUGGAGAAACUAGCUUCAGUGGAAGCCACGGCGAAUCCAUUGAUGAAGUCAUAUGCUAAGAUGACUAAGAAAGCCGUGAGUGCGCAACAACUGCUGAAAGAACUGUGUUCAGCGAUAGAAACACAGCAAAAGCAAGCCACAAAGAGAUCAGAAAACUUCUUAUUGGAGGAAGAAGACGACUUCUUGAAAAGUAUACUUGCUGAAGAUGUGAGGAUUCGAUCUGGGAACUGGGCAGACUUCAGUGGAGAAAUCUCAGGAUUGGUGCUAGAUGUGGAGAGGCUUAUCUUUAAGGAUCUGGUUAAUGAAAUCGUGCAUGCAGAGACUAGCCAUCUGCAAGCAAAGUCAGGAAGGCGAAGAACGCUUUUUGCAGACCAGUAGCUGGGUCUGUUGAAGAAGACAAAAUAUAUACGCAAGUAGUUUCUCUUCUUUCUCUAACUCUUUAACUGUGUUCUAUGUUUCACUCUGGUCUUUUUUUGUCUUGCUGAUUCUUAUGCUCGUUUUUGGGUCUUCUGUAUUCUACAGCAGAAUAAUAAUCAUAUGGUGUGUUAUGUAAUUACUGAAGUUCUUGAGAUGGCUACCGGGAAAGAAACUGUAAAGCGAUAU